AAUGCUGGGUUUUGUAGCAGACACGUUUCCGCCACCGAGCAGGAAUCUUCCGGGAGCCACUCAUCCCACGCCGUGGGCAGCCAAACGGAGGUGGUGGCUGCAGAGGAGAGAGAGGGACGGCCCGUGUGGAAACUGCUUGCCAGGCGCACCAGAAAGUUCGUGCCAAGGAAAAGUGGUGCAGUGGAGUGAUGGGGCACCCCGAAUCGCGGAAGCUUUCCUGGGGAGCACUGGUGCUGCUCUGGCUUCUGCAGGAAGAGGCAGUGGGAUCGUCACUCCCGGAAAGGAAAGGAGCAGGUUGGACCCAGGGGCCUGGAGCUAUCAUUGGAGAACAUUCUCAAAUUGGGGAACGAAAGACUCGGGAAACCAUACCUGAAAAUAAAAGGACACAGAUCAGCCAAGAUUUUUCAGGAAGGAGUUUGACUAUUGACACUCUGACAGACAAUGAAACCCAGAUUGUGGAAGACAAUCACAGCUACUAUUUAUCCCGAAUUUAUGGUCCCCAAGAGAUGCGAGCCAAGGAACUUUGGGUCGAGGUAGCUGAAGCCAACAGGAGCCAAGUCAAAAUCCAUGGAAUCCUGUCCAAUACACACAGACAGGCUUCGAGAGUCAUCCUAUCCUUUGAUUUCCCUUUCUAUGGCCAUUACUUGCGACAGGUCACCAUAGCAACAGGAGGUUUCCUUUUCAUGGGUGAUGUCAUUCAUCGAAUGCUGACAGCUACACAGUAUAUUGCCCCUCUGAUGGCAAACUUCAAUCCUGGCUAUUCACGCAACUCCACUGUCAAAUACUUUGACAAUGGAACCAUGUUUGUUGUCCAGUGGGAUCAAGUUUAUCUAGAAGGAAAAGAGGACAAAGGCUAUUUCAUCUUCCAGGCAGCUUUGUACAACAGUGGCAGAAUUGUCUUUGGUUAUAAGGAGAUUCCCAUGCCAGUGCUUGAAAUUAGUUCUACACAACAUCCUGUCAAAGCUGGUCUUUCAGAUGCUUUUAUGAUCCUUAACUCUUCCCCUGAAUCUCAGCAUCGGACCAUAUAUGAAUACCAUAGAGUGGAACUGGAUACUAGCAAGAUCACUAGUGCAUCAGCUGUGGAAUUUUUGCCCCUACCCACGUGUCUCCAGCUUCACAACUGUGAGGCCUGUAUGACAUCUGGCCUAAAUUUCAAUUGUAGUUGGUGCCAUGUUCUGCAGAGGUGCUCCAAUGGGUUUGAUCGAUACCAUGAAGAGUGGCUGGAAUAUGGUUGCGGCCAAAAAUCAGAGGAGAAGACUUGUGCAGAUUUUGAAGAGGAUGAACACUAUAUGUCUUCAACUCCCAAUCAUAGCGCCUUUACACCACUUCCAGAAGACACCGUCACAUCAUCCUCCCAAUUUAUAGAUAGCUUGACUACAGAAGAUGACACAAAGUUGAACCAGAACCCAGGAGAAGAAGGCUUGAGAGAUCUUGUUCCUACAAAAAAGGGGGGAACCCAAAUCCAUACAGGAACAAUUGUUGGAAUCCUCCUUGCAGUUCUUCUGAUUGCUGCUAUUAUUCUUGCUGGCAUCUACAUCACCAGUAAUCCUACUUCAAGUGCUGCUUUAUUCUUCAUUGAGCGAAGACCACAUCAGUGGCCUACCAUGAAGUUCAGAAACCGCUCACCUUACACUGAAGUAGAACCAUCUGGUCAGGAAAAGGACAGUUUUGUUGAAGCAGAUCAGUGCUAAAGAGUAUGCCUCCUUUAUUGCUCCUAUACCUUUAAAACAUCAAGUAUCUCCCAUCUAUUGUUUAUUUUGCGAUGGACACAAUUGAAGAGGGGAGGGGAAAACAAACAAAAUUAACAAGAAACCCCAAGAGAGGAUUGGAAUGGGAUGAGUGGCAAAUUAAUUUCAUAAUAAAUAAAUAAAUAAAAUCAAAAUAAAUCGAGCCUAAAAAGAUUAAAAAGAGAGGCACAUGUAACAUAUGGUUGCUGGGUAAAUCAUCAAGAAAAAUUAUGACUUCACUGUAGAAUAGUACCUGACUAUCUUGCAUGAAUAUUGUCAGUUAUAGCCAUCCAUAGAUAUUAUGGACUAUAAGAAACAUCUUCUGCCCAACCCAGCUUUUGUAGGCACUCUAACCAUAAAUGUACAGUGCCAAAAUACAGAUUAGGAAAGAGGGACAUAUAACCUUCUAGCUAAGAUUGAAGAUUUCCUGCUAAAUUUUCCUUGAAAGAUACGAAGGGUUUUUUAAUUAGAGAAUCUUGGAACAGCUGGUCUGACUUGACUCUCAACACCUUAGCCAUGUCACCGAAGUUAUUGAAUGAAGCAUCUCAGUUUGGGCUGGGCCUAAAAUGCAGCCUUCAUAUUUAUAUGCAAUGGUGGCAUACAAUUAGCCAAAAAGGGAGAGGGGGGGGUAAUUAGAGGUGUUUCCAUUGACAGUAAUUUUUUCUACCUGAUAUUGAAUUAGUCAGAAGAUAAAAUACGUAUCAACUCUGUACCAAGCAAACUCAUUUGACUUCUGCUAUGAAUUGUUCUAUGAUUUAGUUAUUUUUUGUAUUCUUUUUAAAGACUUAAAUGACAAAUAUGAUCAUUGAUUUCUGUAGCAGAACAAAGUGGGGAAUUUUCUCAACAGGAUGCAGUCCUGUUUAUUUUCAUGAAGGAAAUACUAAAUUUGCAACAUUUAUGACUAGAACUUUUUUUUAUAACUCCAUUUCUUCAUUUUUCUUCUAAUUCAAUUUCUGCUUCAAUUAACAAUGAUACUGACUAUAGGAAUCAGGACUGCAAGUAUGAUAAUUUCCAGACUCAUUUUAAAUUGUGGAUAUUUAAUUUUUUAAAAGUUUUGGAAAUUGUAUGAUUCUUUAGAUUUUGCUCAAUUUCCCUAUUUUCCCUUAUAUAAGAGAGUAACUGCAUCUCUAAAAGGAUAGAAUAGAUCUUAGUGCUACAACUAUUUCUCACUUAAACAAUUUGUUGUUCCUUGAACAACGCAUUCCAAAAAAACCACUACAUCCAGAUGGGAAUCAGACUCAGAACGUGAAUCAGAUUGACUCAGCUGCACAAAAGGCACUGAUGCUGGUGGCUUAGCACUGGACAAAGUAGUGGUUUCUUGUAACAUUCGCAAGGUUUUGCCAAGAAGAGAAUUCCCAUUUACAAGUAAUGAAUGUUAUUAUACAAACAGCACUAUUUUGCUUUGCACUGGUUUUUUUAUACAGUCAUUGGAAAGAAUGUCCUGUCAGAACUGGGGGUAAAAGACUUACCACAGUAUAGUAGAAUAAGCAGGCCAGUAGCUUGUCAACACCAUAAACACAUGAAUUUCCCAAAUUUCAUUCUUUUUAUACAGAUGCAAAAAAAAUCUUGCUUUGUUUUCCUUGCUGACUGGCAAAGGAACACUGAUUGGUUGAGAAUUUUUAAUCCAUCUAUUGGUACCGAAAGGAUUCUGAUUUUUCUUCCUGAUUUGCAAAAAGUAGUCUAUACUAUUUUGGUAUUUUUCAAUAGUCAGAUCUGUUCUACUAAAUACUGUUUUGUUUUAAUUUUAAAAUAAGAUUUAGGAGAUAGAACAUACAUUGGCUAUCAAUCCAGGUCUUUUCUCCAUCUACCCCAUGUCCGCUUCUGGUGCUCCCACCAACAUAUUAAUACAGAUUGCAACCAGAAUUAGGGAGCAUCAAUAUGAAACACUGUCUAGCUACAUUACAGUAAUACACGUUAGUAGACCACAACCCACAUCUCCUCCCUUUAUUGCAGGUAAUAUUUUAUAUGGGUAUAACUUUCAUCACAUUUUGAAUUUCCCAUUUAUGCUUUGUCUAUUGGCUGCUAUGUGCAGGGGAAAGAGAAAAGGCAGGGACAGCAAUUAAGCAUAUAAUGGACAGCUAAUCUAUUACAUGUUAAUUUAAUUAAAGACUACCAGAAACGUAGCCAGAGUUAUUUGUUGUCAUGUCAUAUCUUAAAGAUAACUUAAUAUACUUUAUCCCCAGAUAUAUUAAAUAUUCUAUACUAUCCAUAUUGCAUGGAGAGAUUGCAUAUACUGAAAAUAAAUGUGUACAAUAGUCAUGCUCCCUUAGCUGAAAGUGGGACAAGAGAGGAAAUCAUCUCUAAUUUUACAUGCAGGAAUGCAUCCUACAUCAGCCCUUUUGCACACUGCUCCAUCUCUGAGGUUAGACUGAGCGUUUCUGAGUCUAGGACAGUAAUGGUGAACCUUUCAGAGAUCGAGUGCCCAAAAACUGCCCCGCUCCCCGAGCCCCGUCCUGCCCUGCCCAUUUCACCCCUGCCCCCACCCUGCCUCACCUGCCGGGCCACCCACCACCUACACGGCAUGCCGCAGAUCACUCAGGUGGCCCUGCAGCACCAUGAUGGACACACCCUCCAGCCGCACCCCACAGCAUCAUCUGCACGCGACAAGGCGUGAGGGCGGAGUCUUGUCCCUGCUGCCCAGCUGCCAUGUGCUUGGC